AAACGUUCGAUCGACGGAGAACGAACGGACGGCGCGGCGCUGGAUAAAUCGGAGACGAAGAGAAGGAGCAACCCUGUCGGGGAAACGACCACGUCCGUGCUCGAGGACGAUCGUGCGAGACGAGAACGCGGUCGGCCGUUCGUCUCCCCGACGCGAUCCGCGCCAAAGACCUUUUACUUCGGCAUGAACGAGACGCGGCCGCGAAACGGCGAACCGGAGCCCCGAGGAACCGAGGAAGCCGAGGCGAUAAAGGCGAUCGAGGAAAUCGAGGAAACCGAGUUCAAAUAUUUGAACGGUAGAAACGAGGAUACCGGACGUUCGGUGGACGCGCUCGAACGCGACGACGACGAUAACGACGACGACCGAAACGUGGUGGAAAACAUCUCGUUGAAACUGCGACCGACCCUGCCGAAGAAGCAGUUGGAGAUUCCACGAUUUUCCCCGUCGGCUGCGUGGAGAUUACUGUCGGCUUUGGAAGCGCCGGGACCAAGCACNNCGCCAGCGAAGAGUUGCCGGUUCGUGAACGAGUUCCCGGUGACGUUCGAGGAACGAAUAGAACGUUUAUCGAGACCGCCGCCCCCGUUUCCGCUGUCGCUGGGUCCGCGCAGCUGGCACGACAAAUCCGGCGACUCGGGCAUAUCCGGCGACGCUGGAGCGGCGAACGACGACUCGCUGGACGUAAGUACGAUAAACAGGACGAAAACGGCGCCGAUCAGACCCGCGUGGACACCGCAGCAGGACCUAGGAGAAGAAUCGAGCAGCGACGCGGGGGUCGACUCGCCGCCACCGCCGCCGUUACCAGCCCCCUUCAAAUAUCCUCCGCGAGCUCACGUUUUCUCGCUCUCGUUGCCCAGAGACGACGCGAGAGCUUACUUUUGCGCUCCUGACGUAAAGUCCAAGGAAGGAUCCGCCUUCAAUUCUCUCCAAAAACUGAAGAGGUCGGUGUCCGGAGCUUUCGGCAUCGCCGCGCACGAUCUUCGAGCCAGUUGCGCGCGCGAUCUUCUCGACGACAAUUGGCUGCUAUCUUCGAGCGCGCCGAACUCGUUGCAACACAGUCGAGUCGUCGAAGCGUCGCGAAACCCGCCCUCGACUUGGAAACCGUACUCGUCUCGCGAAUCCAACGACCAACGCGCGUACGGACACGAUGGAGAGGAAGACGAGGACGACGAGAGCGACCUCGUGGACGCGGACGCUACUGUACGAUACGAAGCCGAUGGUACGCGCGUCGACUCGGACGCGUCGAAAGGCAAAUCGAACGAUUUUCCGGUGGUCAUGAAACCACCGUCUUUCUCGUACCUGACGCCGGGCGGACACGUGAUGUAUCUACCGGAAUCGAACGGGACGGAACGUCGAGCGCAGGGUUUCGACGCUGAUAGAAUCGACCGCGAGAACGACGACGAAGACGACAACGACGACGUUAUGCCAGCGAAACGACGAUCGAAAAACUCCAGAGAUUGCGUCGACGCGAAAAAUUGCAGAGGCCGAAAGGAAACGUACGAGGCUAAGAGGGCGUCCAUCGUUUGCGAGCAAGGAGCGUCGUCCACGAGCAAACAGACGUCCUCGCAAGCGACGGAAACGAAACCGCAACGAAAGAGCAGACGAUUCACUUUUCAGUCGACCGUCAGGCAAAUAGAGAGGCGCAGACUGGCCGAGAAGCUGUCGCGGGAGGCCGAAGCGAAGGAACGUCAACGAAAGGGCGAACUGGAAGCGAUGCGAAAGGUCGAGGAGGAAUUUCAGCGAAAACGCGCGAAAGAGAAGGCGAACAUCAGACAACAGUUACGCUUGUUCAAAGAGAUGGAGGAAAAUUUCGAUAGUCUGGCGAGUUCGCAAUGGGACGAUUCGCGGUUGUCUCGCGCCGAUCCGGACGGCGCUCCGUCCUCCACCGCUUCCUCUCCGACCUCUAUGCCGAUCGGAAACUCCUCCGUCGUCCCGUCAGGGAAAAAUUUCGUCCACGAGGAACAUCGCCGCAAGAGAAACGUCGGCUCGGACUCGAAGAAACGACGUGCCGGCGAACGUGUCGGUCAUCGGCCGAAAUACUACGAUUGGGCGCCGGACGCCUCGUCGCACCUCGAACACAAGCAAACGACGGUCCAUCCGAAAGUCGUUUGCGACAUCCCGAAAAGUUCACCGGUAUUCGUGGACGCGAACGUUCAUUCGACCAAGCCGGUCGCGUCCAACUGCACUCCGAGGUCGGACAACUACAGGAAGGAUUUCGCCCACGGUGCCGUGAUAACCAAGACUUCGUUCGCGAGCAGCGACAGCGAACUCUCGCAACCGAACACGAGACCGCAUUCCAGACAAACAGGGACCAACGGCAAAUCUUUUCGAGCAGGGUACGCGUCUUUCUGCUGUCAUUUGUCCCGUGAAACGCGAUCGCGCGCUUCCGCUAAAUCACCCCUUAACCACGCUUCGCCAAAGUCGCGCGAGCAUGCGUCUCCCAUCGCGAGAUUCGAGAGGCGUAACGCUCGCGCGAAUGUCUUGUCCGCGUACGUUUUUCGCGUUGAAGCCGCGUUUUUCUUUCCGCGAACCGCGCGACGAAACCGGUUAAACGACCAGUGCAAAGAAAACGAACGAACGUUGAGCAGGUCCGGCGGCAGUCCAGGACCGAGCGAGGAGCCGACAAACACGACGGACAAGGAGCGGAACGAUCCGACGGAAGCUGCGGAACACGUCAAGAAAACUGUUCGCGAUUUUACGCUGAGCGGAGUGCAACCCUUCACGAAGCGGAAAACCUACAGACCGAUUUCCUUCAACCCCCAACCACCGCCACCGCCACCUCCGCCUAUUCCAAGCUAACCGAUCCUUCUCCUUCGCUACGAAGCGAUUCCCUCGACUCGCCUACAUUUAGCGUACGGAUAUACGUAUGUAUGUAUUUAUGUACAUAUGUAACAUAACGGAAUAAAAUAUCGUGUCUCGUU